UCUUUCAAAAAAGUAGAAACCACCGCGCGCUUUGCAGUUAGGAAGUAGGACGCUAGUUAAAUUCACCGAAAACAUAACCUGUGUUUUGAAAGGUACAUUUUUGGGCCAUGAAUUUACCUUUUUGUUGAAAUAGAUAACGUAUUUCCUGCAAACAGAGGACGCCUGAAAGUGAAUAAAUGAAGUGUCUGAAAGUGGAAGAGUACAUAAAGCAGACUGGCUCCGCCGAAGAGACGCGACGUUUAACCCAAGAACUACAGAAAUAUGUCCGCUCUCAGCUUGGCCUCCAGGGCCGGACUCUGUGUGAUCGUGUCAUCAGGGCCUGUAACCAUCAGCUUGGAGUUGGACCUCCAGACGUUGAACACAUUAGUCUGUUGGUGGAAUUGGUCGAGCUGUGUCUGUGUGGAUAUGAUCGGUGUGUGGGAGCUGAAGCUCAGAGCAGUCCUCUGUACAUGGAAAAAAUCCUCUUCCACAUUGUCAAGAAGCUAAGCUCCCUAAAGGUUCCUACUCUGUGCAGUCAUGUUGCUGCUCUGCUUUUGAGCAGGCUUCCCCCAACACUGCAGGUCCAAGAAGAGCACUGUGUUCUGGUGCGAAGCUGCUUCUCUGUGCUUUGGAAUGAACUAUCUGCUGCCAAAGACGAGAAAGUCCUUCAUCCUCAAAAGAGACUCUGCUGCCAGUUGCAAGCUUUGAGUUUCCUCCUGUUGGACAUGGACGCUACGGCGUCGUUUUCCUCCAAAGCUCCAAAGUACACGGAGGAGGCCAUUCUGGAGUUUGAGAGUAGCUGUGGAUCUGUGAUGCAGGAGGAUGCGUUGUUUCUUCUGCAGGAAAUGCACAAGCUUUUCAACAGAACAGUGAACUGUGUUCAGGGCUGCCGGGGAAGUGAGGCAAAGCAGCAUUUACCAACAUUCAUUCUUUUCAUUCUUUCUGAGAUGAUGCUGCUUGCAGUGAAGAUGCUCUGUAAAGCUGGUCACCACAGCCUGGCGGUUAGCUUCUUGAGUGAGAUGGAGGUGAAGGUUUCUCAGUGUGUUGGUUAUCCGUGCACACCACUGGUGCUGGGUAAAUGGGGAGUAAAAGUUCAUUCGGAGAUAACCUCAGGCAGACAGAAUGGCCAGCCGCUGACAGAGUGUGCUAGAGUGCUGAGGUCUCUCUCGGUUGACCUGAGUGGCGUUGGGGGGCGCGCUCUUCUGGAGGCGUGUGGUCUCGUUUUGUGGGCUGUUGAAAGCAGAAGUGAGAAGGGAUUGAGUGGACCUGUGCUCCUUGCUUUCUAUUCUUUUCUUGAGGAGUACCAAGAGUAUAUACUAAAAAUGUUAGACAAGACUUUGUCGAAGCAUUUGGACAGCAGGAGACUGCAGCAGACCCUGUGCUUCAGCAUUUACCAGAGCUUUGUAUUUGCUUAUGAGAGCAUGCUGGCAUCGCAGCUGGAGGAGCCGGACCUCCUGCAGAGAGUGCUGCUCUACUGCCAGUCUACAACUGGACUGCUGAUGAAGGAACUUCAGAAGUUGGCCAAUGAAAAUCUAUUCACCAAAGCAGUGGUUGCUGUGAGCAACAUGGUAUGUGGUUUGUACAACCGUCACCUGUACGAUCAAGCCUUCACCAUAGUGGAGAUCCUCUGCAAAGAUCUCUGCCAGAAGCACGCCGUUUCAUUGUCUGUUGAUAGGUUGAAUCGACCCUUCAUGCUGGCUGUGCAAACGUCUCGCCGGGCCGGGCAGCUGGACCGAGCCCUGCAGUGGGUGAUUCUGUGGCUGAAAGCUCUUGGAGACAACAUCACCACUCACAUGUCCGAGCCUGUGUCUCUUUGGGUGAAAACCAAGACUGAUGCAGUCAAUAAUUCUGAUGAAGACAUAAGACUCAGAACGUUGCGUGACGGCUUUGGUGCUGAUGUUCCUGAUGAGCAAAUCAUGCUUUGCCUUUUGGAGGAAGAGUUGCGUACGUACAAGGAGUUGCCAAGAGACACAGCCCAAGAGCGUUACAACACUCUCUGUGAUCUCCUGGACAUCUGUAAUGAGGAAAGUUCUCACAGCCAUCGCCGUGCUCUCUACCUCUGUGAAAUGGCUCAGGUUGUGUGCUUCCAGGACUUUGGAGAACACACCGACUGUGCUGCAGUUGAUUUCACGCGUGAAGCUCUGCGUCUGCUUGGAGACGAGGUCGAGACUCCGGAGAACUCUGACAGACUGAAGGAUGACAAAGCCCACGCUGAACUUUGGCUUUUUAUCUGCAGUUUGGAGAAACAUCUUCAAGAGGCCAUGGAGAAUGAAAGGAAACAGAGGGAGCUGCGUGAACAGACGCCCGGUGUGAACAGUCACAUUGGGAACAAUGAUUUUGAUUUUGAAGAGAAGCAGAAGAUGCAUGACAGCAGUCUGGUCUAUGAAGGUCUCCAUUUUAACUUGGCUGCAGAGAAAAAGUUGUGCCAGCCGUUGGAAAGAGCUCUGGAAAUGUGGUCAGGUCUAAUCCAAAGUGGAGCCCAGCCUUCUGUUCGAAAUGCUAAACAGACCUGUAGCUCUGUCGCUGUGGCUGCAGCUCUCUUCAGACUCAUGGGGAAGCCGCUAAAGGCUUUGGAAGCGUACCAAUGUGCGGUAGAGUUUUACCGUGGAUCAGCCGAUGCUGUGGGUUGUGCCAGUGCCCUCUGUCAGUCAGUCAGCAUCCUCCUGGAUCUGGGCAGCCCACAACUGGCUUUGUCUCAGCUGGAGGAAGCAGAAAAAAUGUUGGCUUCAAUUCCCUCUGAGGGACCUUCCUCCAUCUCAAUGCUGGUCAUCUUACUAAAAGCGCAGUACUUCUACAGUACUGGACAGGUUGACCAUGGAGUUCCUCGUUUGUGUGAAGUCCUUAAAGUAGUGAGUGAUGUAAAACAGUCAAAGAAGUGGUACUUACUGCGGGCACAAACGCUGCAGCUCUGCAGCUCUUAUUUAAAUUUGGACACUGCUCAACUUCCGCAAACACAACGGAGCCUCAUCACACAGCACGGCAUAAGUACACCAGACACUGCUGUGUACGAAGGUUUGAAGCUUCUCUGCAGCCUGCUGAUCACCUUGGUGGGGAAAGGUCUAUAUGGUGCAAAUGGCAGCAGUUCAGAUGUGCGCUUUAUUCAUCAAGGAGACAACCUGCUGCUGAAAUGGCAGCUGCUCUCAGAACUGCUGGGCUGCUCCAGGAAGAUGGUGGCGCUACGUAGCAGCUGCGGCGCCGUCAGUGACGCCAGACUUCAAUGCCUGGAAGCACUGAAACUGGCAAUCAAGCUUCAAGCCCUAAGCCAAUGUGCAGAAUUACUUGUGAUCAAGGCCGAGCUGGAGCUGAUGCACGAGGAAAGAGAGGAAUGUAGGACAGAUUUAGACUUGGUCAAAAACCUUCUGGAACAGUGCACAGACAUUACUGCUCAGGUUCAGAGGACAGAUGUGAAAAUCAAACCAAGGAAAGGUCGUCCAGCUAGGAGACCUCAGUCUCCUCUUCCGAACACGGAGGACGAUUUAAAAAACAUCCUUAGCACCAGGUGGAUGAGCAAAGAUGCUGUGGUGGAGGAUUCAGCCAACUCUCCGCCUUUCAAAGCUCUCCCUCACAGCUGGCUGUCCUCCCUCGGGCAUGAAGCCGGUUGCGGGUGUCCAUGCUGCUCUCAGCCCUCACUGGGCCGUUGCACUGCUCGCUGGGCUGCAGCCCAGGCAGAUCUGGUUCUGAAGCAGGAUCCCACUGACGAAAGAGUCGGUUUUAAACUUCACUUGACAACUUUAUCUCGAUGCAAGAGCGUUACCAACCAACUCAAAAAGAGCUUGUCUGAGCUGUUUCCCUCACGCCUGAGAGCCAAAGAUGACUUUAAACCCUUACUGAUGCAGGAUGUCAUGAGCCGUGUUUACCUGAGCAUGGCCCACGCCAGGCUGGGGAUGAGGCACAACAAGUCCUGUGGGUUAUGGCAAAUUCUGGAAGCUGGCCUAACAUUUAUAGAUUCAUUGCCCUCUCCUGCUCUUAGCGCUGUAAAAGCAGGCAUUUUGGGAACUAAAGCAAUUGCGUCACUAAUGAUCCUGGCUGCCCAAAACAACCGUAACCCUGAGGAACUCUGUUCAAGCGUCUGGACUUGGAAUUCACCUAAACCGUGUCAAGAUGCUAAAGCUAAGGAACAAAAAGGGGUUUCUUCAGCAACAGGCAAACGGCAAACAGAAACGGGCAAAAAUUCAGCUGUUCCAGACAGAAAAAAGGAGCCGAGGAAAGUCAAAGUCCUCAAACCCAUAAUUCAUGUGACCAGCUCCUCCUAUAAAGAAAAGUCUCUGCUUCCCAUGACACCAGUAAUGACAAUGUCUAAAUCCUCUACUGGAGACCUUGGCUCUUUUGACUUCAACGCGGUGGUCCCUACACUGACUUGUACCCCAAUCCAGAGGGUGAAAUGUCCUCCAUCGGGGCAGAAAGGGUCAAGAACUUGCCCAAAGCUGCACUUUCAUGUGUUUGAAGAGUCUUCACCUUUGCAAGAGAAAGUCCCAGCCGUGCCUGCUGCCCCUAAACGGACAAAGAAAUCCCGUUUUAAGGUGGAGUUUAGUGAUGAAAGUGAUUCAGAAGCUAAGAUGGAAAAAGAGGACAAAGAAAAAGGCAAGCUUCCAAGAAAACGAAAUACUAGAAAAACCGGACCCAAACCCAAAGCUGCCCCAGAACCAACUGUAGAGACGAUCCCACCCAGGAGGCAGGCGCAAAAGAAAAGAAGCACAGCAACAUCUUGUGCUACUUCCUCUGAGGAUGAGGUUCGGCUUCGUCUGCCAGCUUCCACCAGACCUGGAAGAACAAGAAAGCAGCCGUCCAAAAACGUUGAGGAACCAGAUGUAAUGAGGACCAUCAAAGAGGAAAUGAACGAGGUUUUAAACAUGAGCAUCGAGCAGCUGAGAACAUCAGACACUGAGACUGAAGCCUCCAGUCAAGAUGUUGAUUUUGAGGUGUUGCGAAGGGAUGUUUGCUGUAACCUGGAGCGAGAGUUCUGUGGAGUGAGGAGCAGAGGUCAUCUCAGAGAAGAGUUCCAGCUCCACGUCUCACACACUGACAACAAGCCAGCCCAUCUCUCUCUGGAGGAUGUUCAGUCGUUACUCCGCUCAGCCUGGUUGGCUACUCAACACUUCCCCUGUCCCACCAUCUACCCAACCCUUUGUGGGCUUCUCGCUUUGACUAUGGGACAGCAAGACCCUCUAACUACAGCUAUGUUACACGCUCAGUCCUUGGGAGUCACAAGUCGGCACCGCACAUUACGGCAUUUAUUCAGCUCUCUCCAACGCCUGAAAAAGGCCUCCAAUGAGUUGACAGAGAAGAUGGACUCUCUGAGUCUGGAUGAAGGAAGUGGGACAGUUUCCACUCAUCCUGCUGAACACAAGUUGAGUCUAAUGGAGCGACUCUUUUCCUUUCCCACUGUCGACCCGCCAUCUUUCCCUCAGAAACACUGCCAAGACCUUACUGACCAGAUUCAGUCUCUUCCUCCAGGAGUGACGGUGUGUCUAAUCUCAGUGGUUGGGGUCAAAACCUUGGAAUUGGAGAACAGUGUGAUACUGACCCGUCUGGAGAAGGGCUCUGCACCGGUCACUCUUCACAUCUCCACGUCUAAACAGCAGAUCAAAAUCCAUCAGCUGCUGCAGGAAAUGGACAGCAUUCUAGCAGAACAGAAAGUUGUGAGCUGCGUGGCAGAGAAGGCGCUGUGGUGGGAGGGGCGUCGGGCUCUGGACUCCAGAGUCGAGCACCUGCUGAAGGAAAUGGAGGAAGUCCUUGGAUGCUGGAAGAGCUUUCUUCUUCCUCUUACCAAGGAUCCAAAGCUCUCUAUUCAGGCCCAGCUCGUCUGUAGAGCUCUAUCUGCAAGAGGAGUGACAGUCGGUGUGGAGAUGCUGAAGGCUGUGCUCUCAGCAGCUCCUGUGCUUUCUGAGGAAGAUCUUAAAAGAUUUACACUCGGACUUUCGCCUAAAUGGGACAAGGAGUGUGAUCAUCUUCUACAAUCUGCAAUCUCACAGCUGUUGGAGAGGGAGGAACCCAAAGGUCACGUAGUUCUAAUCCUAGACAAGUUUCUUCAGAAGCUGCCAUGGGAAGGCAUGUCCAUCCUGAAGACCCAGUCUGUCAGCCGAAUGCCGUCUCUGCACUCACUGCUUGGGCUGAACAUUCAGAAAGACGCUGAUUCUCAGUCUGUCUUGAGCUCUGGUGUGAACCCCAGGAAGGUGUUUUACGUGCUGGACCCUGACGCCAACUUAAAAAACGCCCAGGAUCGAUUCAAGGACUGGUUUUGCAGUAAACCAGACUGGCAGGGUGUGUGUGGUGUUCCUCCUGACUCAGGCCAACUCGAGGAAGCUGUUGCAAUCAAGGAUUUAUACAUUUAUGUGGGCCACGGUGCCGGUGCAAGAUUCCUGGACAGCCAUUCAGUCCUAAAGCAGCGGAUGAGAGCCGCCUCUCUUCUCUUUGGAUGCAGCAGCGCUGCCUUGGCUGUGAGGGGCAACCAGGAAGGCCAAGGCAUACUCCUCAACUACCUAAUAGCAGGAUGCCCCUUCAUUUUGGGUAACCUGUGGGAUGUGACUGAUAGAGACAUUGACCGCUUCACCAAAGCCCUGCUGGAGUCCUGGUUAUCUGCGGGGUCGGGCGCAUCUAUCCUGGAGUUCAUGGCUUCAUCACGUCAGGCCACAAACCUGAAAUACCUGAUAGGGGCUGCACCUGUGGUCUACGGCCUUCCAGUUCACCUGCAGUAGGACUGAGGCUGCAAAGAGGAAGUGACAUUAUGGAGUCAUUUCUUUUGAAGAAAUGUUUGACUUUUACUAAUGUAUGACUUGUAUUUAACUCAGCUUUUCUAUUUUUAACUAUUUUUAAUAUUGAAAAUGAUUCCAAUAGGUUUGUACAAAUGUUUUUAGCAAAUGAUUUGCUUUUUUGAAUAAAUGUCUUCAUGCAUA